CCCUCCCCCCCCUCCCCCCGGGCUGCCGCCGUUCGAGUCUUGGGCCUCCCCGCCUCGUGGCUGGCUCUCCGCCGCCUCGCGUUAAUCUGCCUCCCACUACCCCCACCCGUAAACCACCACUCGCGCUGCGGGCGCUGCGGGUACGCCCGCACACCCGGACACGCGCUCGAAAAGUUAUCUGCGGCAGGAAUUUUGAUUUAAAGCUUUCGUGACUGCGGUAAUUCAUAUUCUUGGCUCUUUCGGUAAGGUCACGUUUUAUAUGUAUAUUUGUAUUUGUGUUAUUUUAUCGUUUCCCUACAACGUGACUUUACCGGAAAGAGCUAAGGGUAUCUGCGGCUCAGCUCGGCUCGGCUCGGCUCGGAUUACGCAGCGAGACGGCACCCUUGAUGCGAUCGUCGCCAACGUGAAACACCGCCUUGCGUGAGAGCGCGCCGGGUAAAUCCUACCGAUGGUGAUAUUCGCGCGUCGAUGCCCUGUACAAACACGGCAGAGGCAGGCGAUCCCGCCGAUGGUGAUAUUCGCGCGUUGAUGCCCUGUACAAACAGGGUAGGCGAUCCUACCGAUGGUGAUAUUCGCGCGUCGAUGCCCUGUACAAACACGGCAGGGGCAGGCGAUCCUACCGAUGGUGAUAUUCGCGCGUCGAUGCCCUGUACAAACACGGCAGGGGCAGGCGAUCCUACCGAUGGUGAUAUUCGCGCGUUGAUGCCCUGUACAAACAGGGUAGGCGAUCCUACCGAUGGUGAUAUUCACGCGUUGAUGCCCUGUACAAACAGGGCAGGCGAUCCUACCGAUGGUGAUAUUCACGCGUUGAUGCCCUGUACAAACAGGGCAGGCGAUCCCGCCGAUGGUGAUAUUCGCGCGUUGAUGCCCUGUACAAACAGGGCAGGCGAUCCUGCCGAUGGUGAUAUUCGCGCGUUGAUGCCCUGUACAAACAGGGUAGGCGAUCCUACCGAUGGUGAUAUUCGCGCGUCGAUGCCCUGUACAAACACUGCGGGCGCAGGCGAUCCUACCGAUGGUGAUAUUCGCGCGUCGAUGCCCUGUACAAACAGGGCAGGCGAUCCUACCGAUGGUGAUAUUCGCGCGUUGAUGCCCUGUACAAACAUGGCAGGCGAUCCUACCGAUGGUGAUAUUCGCGCGUUGAUGCCCUGUACAAACACGGCAGGGGCAGGCGAUCCCGCCGAUGGUGAUAUUCGCGCGUUGAUGCCCUGUACAAACAGGGCAGGCGAUCCUACCGAUGGUGAUAUUCACGCGUUGAUGCCCUGUACAAACACGGCAGGGGCAGGCGAUCCUACCGAUGGUGAUAUUCGCGCGUUGAUGCCCUGUACAAACAGGGCAGGCGAUCCUACCGAUGGUGAUAUUCACGCGUUGAUGCCCUGUACAAACAGGGUAGGCGAUCCUGCCGAUGGUGAUAUUCGCGCGUCGAUGCCCUGUACAAACACGGCAGGGGCAGGCGAUCCUACCGAUGGUGAUAUUUGCGCGUCGAUGCCCUGUACAAACACGGCAGGGGCAGGCGAUCCUACCGAUGGUGAUAUUCGCGCGUUGAUGCCCUGUACAAACAGGGUAGGCGAUCCUACCGUUGGUGAUAUUCGCGCGUUGAUGCCCUGUACAAACAUGGCAGGCGAUCCUACCGAUGGUGAUAUUCGCGCGUUGAUGCCCUGUACAAACACGGCAGGGGCAGGCGAUCCUACCGAUGGUGAUAUUCGCGCGUUGAUGCCCUGUACGAACAGGGCAGGCGAUCCCGCCGAUUGUGAUAUUCGCGCGUCGAUGCCCCCGGGGGGGCGGACGAGGCCCGCGAAAUCAUUUGGUCCUCUGGCCCUGCCAAGUCGACCGCGGGCGGGUACUCGAAAUUCAAUAAAUCUUCGGAGCAAACCUGGCCAGGGCGGUCGCGAGGAGCGACAACACCGUCGAUACCGGCCAACAUCAUCACCCGCAAGCCUCGCCAAAGAGAAGCAGUUCCAGCCCAUCGCGUUGCGGGGGUGCCGAGUGAAUUAAACGUUUGACCGAAUGCAACGGGCUAAUUUUUAAGUUGGUGAAUUUCGCAUGGCCCGCGAAUGACCAUACGUAGAUGUCCCAAAGGGCCCUUGGGCAGAGAAAAAGGCUCCCCACCCCCUCGUCUCAAAAACGCCUCUCAAAGCGUCUUCCCUUCCGCCGGAAGCCGCCGCCGCCGCCGCUGCGAUUCUGUGUUUUUUUUUAGGUCUUCCAGACGAGUCGCCAAUUGGUGGCACAAAAAAACACCGCGGCCGUUGACGCAAUCGCCACGAGAAAAAAGUCGCAGGGUGCGGUGAAACGCACGCUGCACCGCAACUUGCGGAUUCGGUCUUGCCGAACUGCUGAACGCAAAACGCCCCUUGUGUUGCGGGGAUCACCGUCUCGCGAAUGAACGAGGCUAGGGGCUGUUUGUGCGCUGGGAGAGGCGUCUCGCGGCCAUCAUUUGAAACUCUGUGCCACCGCUCUUUCAAGGCGGUGAGGGUUUCAUUCAUGGGCGGUUCGUGGUUGCACUCACCCGCCCACCUACCCACAUACUUACGCAUCCACGCACUCACUCACUCACCCACCCAUC